AUGCUCGCCAGUGCUCUUCGCCGUAGCGGUCAGGAGGCCGCUCCUCACGCUAUUGCCCCUGUUGCCGCUAUUGACCGCGCGGCACCGUACAUGCGGUUUAACACGCUUCGCAUGCAUGGACAUCACGAGCCAAACUAUCGUGCCCGUCCAGCGGGUUGGGCGGGUUGGAAUGAUAAACGCCUGCAGGAUCCCUACGCACCUUUUCAACAGCAAACCCCAUGCCGACACGUGGAUCGCAUGUUUGCGGGUAUUUGGUUUGGAAUGGGUCACUUUGCGUUAAAGGAUUUCUUUGGUCCUUUACACUGGCGAUUUGCGGCUCGAUUGAUGUUCUGGGGAGUUGGUGGAUGGCUGUAUGCACUCUGGACGUAUGGACUGCGUAUGCACCGCAAUGGAUGGGAAUGGAAGAACCGUGGUGCGGUGUUCGCAAUGGAGUAA